UCUCUAGAAGACUAGAGGUAGUUAAGGUUUAAAGGCAGACGUGUACGUGUUUGUCGAAGAUAAAGUUCUUUAAUUCAAUUUAGAUUAUUAUUUAUUUUAAUUAAUUUUUUGUUAAAAAGAAAGAAAAGAAAUGUCUGCAGCUACUAAAGGAAUAUUUAUUGUUGGUGCUAAGCGCACAGCUUUUGGUACAUUCGGUGGAACUCUAAAGAAUGUCAAUCAGACACAAUUACAAACAGCUGCUGCCAAAGCUGCUCUUGAGUCCUCUGGAUUGAAAGGAGAACAUGUUGAUACAACAGUUGUUGGCAAUGUCCUAUCAAUUUCUUCAUCAGAUGGUAUUUUCAUUCCCCGCCAUGUUGCUCUACAUUGCGGAGUGGCUAUUGACAAACCAGCUCUAGGUGUUAAUCGCCUAUGUGGUUCUGGUUUUCAAUCAAUUAUUAAUGGCGCCCAGGACAUUCUUAUGGGAUCGGCUAAAAUCGCCUUGACUGGUGGUGUAGACAGUAUGUCACAAGCUCCAUUUGUUGCCAGAAAUGUUCGUUUUGGAACAACUCUCGGAGCUAACUAUGCUCUGGAAGAUGGUCUAUGGGUUGGACUCACAGAUACAUACUGUAAAUUGCCAAUGGCACUUACAGCUGAAAAUUUAGCUGAAAAAUACAAAGUUACUAGAGAACGUGUCGAUGAAUUUGCUCUGAGAUCUCAAGUUAAUUGGAAGAAAGCCCAAGAUGAAGGUGUCUUUAAGUCAGAAAUUGCUCCCUUUAAAAUUAAGGUCAAGGGAAAGGAAGUCGACUUUGCUGUCGAUGAACAUCCAAGACCCCAAACAACACUCGAGGGACUAGCUAAGCUUCCAUCACUUUUUAAGAAGAAUGGAGUUGUUACAGCUGGAACUGCUUCUGGUAUUUGUGAUGGAGCUGCUGCUGUUGUAUUGGCAUCUGAAGAUGCUGUCAAGGAAUUUGGAUUGAAGCCAUUGGCACGUUUGGUGGGUUAUUCAUAUGUUGGAGUGCAACCAGAUAUCAUGGGAAUUGGUCCAGUUCCAGCAAUUGAAAAUGUACUUAAAGCAACCGGAUUGAAAUUGGAUGAUAUGGAUUUAAUUGAAAUCAAUGAAGCCUUCAGUGCACAAACUUUGGCCUGUAUGGAUGCUCUUAAGUUAGACAUUAACAAAUUGAAUUUGAAUGGUGGAGCUAUUGCCUUAGGUCAUCCUUUGGCUGCUAGUGGAGCUCGAAUUACUGGACAUUUGGCUCACGAAUUACAGCGUAAGAACUUGAAAUAUGCUGUAGGAUCAGCUUGUAUUGGAGGAGGACAAGGUAUUGCUGUUUUGUUGGAAAAAUGUUAACCAUCUUAUAGAAAACUGAUGGUUUUUUCAAGGAAUCGAAAACAUUCUUGCAUUUAUUUUUGUAUGUGUUUGUCUUUUUUUUUAAGAUAAAUAUUUUGUUAUAUAAGAUUCAAAAUUAAAAAAAAAAGUUUUACAUACUAAAAAAAGAACUGAUGGCGAAAAUGUUAAACAAUUGAUGUAAAGUGAUUUGAUAUUGAUUUUUUUAAAUAAAAAAAAUUUAAGAUUUUU